UUUUAACUUUUGAUUGGACAUUGGGUAUACUUUUUGUCAUCAAAAUAUCAUCACUUUAAAUGCUACCAUUUUGUCAGCAAUAAGUUAACACUUGGCCGCUUGGGUUUUUGGUGGUCCCAAUUUUGAAUAUGACCAUCAGCGCCAUGUUACGUUAAGUCGACUAACUAAAAAGUUAAUGCGCUUGCGCUUCUAUAUUUGUUCAAAUGGUUCAAAUUCGUCCUGUCCUUGCUAAUUGCUGUGUGACCUCCUACGAGACUGAACUCAUUAAAUUUCAGAACAUUCGACAAAACACGUGUUUAUAUAUAACGUGACUUAAUUUACGUCUUAUAAUCAAUAUUUUUGCAAUUAAUAUCGUAUAAAGAUCAUCGCAUAUUUGAAGGUUUUUUAUUAUAAGAAAAGGAAAAUGAGUGAAGAAAAUUCUCUAGUUACCGCAAUUCGGUUCCAAUGGAAAGUAUCGCAGCUCAUGACCCCAAGUGGAACUUGGUUAUUUUCAAAAUUUUUCAAGUUUUCUCACAUUGAAGGGGUCAAAUUUCGCUUGUGUUUACUGAGAAUCAAGGGCUCUAUUUUCCACGGUAAAUAUUCCGCGAAAAUUGAGAGAGUAGGAAGUAUCGGAGACAAAGUGCACAUUACACUUACGUUCAGUGAAAAAGAAACAAUUACAUUGAUUGAUUGGGACAAAUUCAGUGAAUCAUAUGCGGCUAGAUUAAUUAAUUAUUUACCUAGCUCUAUUACUUGCGUAAUUAAAAUUACACAAUCUAAAUACUUUGUCAGAUAUAUGCCUGAGUUAAUGCCACCUAAUUUGAACAAAUAUUUGUUCUCACCAGAAUUAAGUGACGUUAUUUUAAAAGUUGAAAAUAAAGAAGUUCCUGCCCAUACACUAGUACUUGCUUGCAAUAGCCCUGUCUUUGCGGCGGUAUUGAAAAUAAAUGCGAAAAAUAAAUGUGAGAAUUGUAUCGAUGUCGAGGAGUUUAAUGCUGAUACUGUAGAAAAGGCUAUGAAAUUUUUAUACUCAGGUAAACUGGAACUGGGAAAUGAUGUUCAUCUGCUUUUGAAAUUAUUAUCCUUCGCUGAAGUGUACGAAGUAGAUCGAUUGAAGAAGUUCUGCGAAUGUAAAUUAGUGGCAUGUAUGAGCGUUGAUAAUGUCGUUGGAAUAUUGGUGGCUAUUGAAUAUUACGAUGCAGUGGAUCUGAAAACCAAAGCACUGAAAUUUAUGUCAAAAAAUAAAGUUGAUUUACGAUCUGCUGAUGUACUGAGACACGCUGAUGAUUCAAAAUUAUUGCAGAGCUUUAUUUUAAGUCAAAGGAGAAUCAAGAAUCUAGAAAAGUCAUCUUGAUAUAAAAUAUAAGUCAUUUUUUUCUGCGUAAAAAAAACUAAAUAUUUAUUUUAUUUAAUUUUAAUGUUUAAUGUUUUACGGGUGA